GUCGCAUUGUUUCCUUGCUGUUAACUGACAUGGCAACAUCAAGUGGAAGCGGCGUCCAAAUGCUGAUGGCUGCGAAGGACGGCUGCGAGUCGUUAACGUCAGACGAAACCAUUCAUGACGACGAACUUGUGGCCGUCCCCAAGCGCAAGCGUAUCCGAAAGAGGGCCAUGGACGAGCUGGCGUAUCUCAAGGGUCAGGUCGCGGAGUACACGCAGCAGCUCCACGCCUUGCAAGCCAUGGUGCCUGAUCUGGCGGCAGUCAGUCAGUGGGAAGGGCGGUCUCGUCGGCAAGCUGCCGAACGGGCGGCAGUUGAACAAGAGAACCACAAGCUCAAGGCUGCGCUGGAAGGGCAGCUGAAAAUCGUGGAAUCGCUUGUCAAAAUCGUCACCAAACGGCCCAAGCUCGCGGAGGAAAUGUACUUGGACGUGGGCGCGCGCCAUGAUGCCCUUCCCGCCGACCCCUCGGCCCGCGUGGCCAGGAUGCACGCGAUGGUGGACGCAGAAUACCCCAAAUGGGAAUGCCACUUCAUCACAAAGCGGCUGUUGGACCCGCCAGUGGCGACGGCCCCUGCGAUUGAAACGAACGUCCAGUACGUGGAUGAGCGUAUCGGGUUUGACUGCAUCAUGCGCCGCGCGUUGAACGUGAAUGUCCACGACUGUGCAUCUAUUCUGUGGACCAUGUACUUUGAGAACAUGGACAUCACGUUGGAGACAGCGAUCCUUCGGCCCAUUCAACGCAUUGACGACCACACCGUGUACUACCACCAUUUGCUCCACUUCAAAGCGUACGAGUUUACCGUGCACAACCAAGUCGUGUGCAAACGAUAUACAGAGCCAGAUCGAGUGGUGAUUGUGUUUCAGUCUGUGGUCGGCGAUGCCUUGUACCCGUUCCCGGCCAAUGCUUAUGUGGCCCAUGAAACGGCGUGGCUUGUGAUCUCCAAAGCCGACUCGAGUGACAAGUGCACUGUCAAGUAUUACGCCCACGGCACUUUGCCGUGCAAGUCCCGGCAGGAUGUGACACCGUUGGAACUUCUCCUGACAUUGAACAACGACACGGACGACGACGACAAUGAAGACGACAUCAUGUCCAUGCCGGCGGCGUAUCACAUGGAGUUUGCGCAGUUUAUGAUGGCGAGCUACCGCGACAACCUCGAGUCACUGAGCAUCCACAUCGAUCACACGCUCUUGGCAGUGAUGGACCCGCUCGAUACGAAACGCACGCUGUACGAUUCUCCAGCGGAAUGACCGACCCUUCACGAAGAGGCCACAGACGGACGCUAAGACGCAUGUGUUGUCGACCUAUUCUAUUACUCGACUACUGUUAGUGCCAACUCUAUCGAUCGUGAUUCUUUGUCCUGACUUUUGUAUGUAGUAGAGAUCGUCCAGUAUCACACUAGUUUCAGUCACACACUAAUUCCAUGUGAAGAGUGGAUAGUUUGAUUGGCCACUUGAAAAGUGUGUUGUGGGUUUUGAUUGGUUGUAUAUCGAUUGUCUGCUCCUUUGAUAGAGCACCGCACUCGAAUUUUGAAUAUAUCGACAAUACCAUCUAUUUACGUACAACAACUUCGGCAUACGAAGUGCAAACUGA